AUGAAAUCUCAGUCCUAUUUCAAUUUGAUUAUUUUUCGAAUUAUUGAAAAACUGUUUUAUUUUCAAUCCAAACUACAGAUCUUCGGUCCCGUUCAAUCAAUUUUCAAAUUCAGCUCCGUAGACGAAAUCAUUGAACGUGCUAACAAUGUCAAAUACGGCUUGGCUGCAGGUGUCAUUACCAAUGAUAUUAACAAGGCCAUGCAUUUUGCCAAUAAUGUAGAUGCCGGAUCCGUAUGGAUAAAUUGUUACGAUGCAGUUUUGCCACAAACACCUUUUGGCGGCUACAAACAAUCUGGCAUGGGACGUGAAUUGGGCAAAGAUGGUUUGGAUAAUUAUUUGGAAACUAAAACCAUAACCAUGAAAUUGGUUUAAGGAGAAUAAACAAGAAGACUGCAAGGGUAAGAAUAUUGUAUUCAAAAUCUGAAGCACAAUCAAUAUGCACUGAAAGAAACAAUAAAACUUCCAUAUACUUUAAAA